AUGUACAACGGUGCUAUUUCAGUUGAGGACAUUAAGAAGAGAUGGAGGGGACUGCGGGACACGUUCCGGAAGGAAUUAAAGAAAUGUAGGGACAAACGAUAUGGAAGUGGCGGAGACACGUCACAUGAACCUAAGUGGGCUUUUUUCAACCAACUAUGGUUUUUGACAGAUACUGUUGAGCCUAGAAGUAUGACAAGUAGUGUUCCUGAUGUUCUAGAAGACAGUAAUGAGAUGGACACCGAAAAUAACGACUUUCAAAGUGACUCUACUGAGGCACUCUCUAGUCCUCAUCAAUUAGAUCUGGAGAAUGCUGCAGGUCCCGCUCAAGAAAAUGACGAAGGUCAGCAAGUAAAUAUACCUACAGCAAAAAAUAAAACAUUCAAGAGCCCACAAAAAAAAAAGGGAAAGAAAAGGAGAGUUGAUUACGACGACAAGUUAUUGGAAAUUGAAACUAAGAAGUUGAGUUACUUUGAACAAAGCUCAAAAACGAAACAAGACAGCGACUACCAAUUUCUAACGAGUCUGCUACCAACUCUACAGGCUAUACCCAAUGAAAGAAAGUUGCACGUACGCAUGAGUUUGAUGAAUGUGAUAUUACAGGAACAGGAGCUAAGUCGUAGUGCAAUGACCACGCCAAAUGCUUCACCCCUAUCAUCUGAGUCAUCUUUCAGUUCCCAGAAUAAUCAGGUUUCAACAUUAGAUGAUAAUGCUGCAGUGUAUUACACUCAUUUUAUCCCCAGCAAUUGUAAAUGA